AUGCCAACCGAUUUUUCCGACAAUAGCUCGAGCAUCUACAGCAGGCCUCUUGAUGCGGCAAAACAUGAGACUUCAGCAAACCCUCUUCCUAAAAUUCCCUCGGUCGGCUUAUCGGCCCCUGAAAUCAACCUUCUAGAUCACCAAAUUGCCUUGGCAAGAGGAUCUACGAUGGCCUUGGAAAUGACACGAUCGCGUCUACAGCUUUGCAAGGGACAGAUCAACAUACCACGUGACGAUUUGAGGAGACAAAAGCUACGACAAAAGGCUCAGCAGGAACGCGAGAACGAAUUCUAUCAAGAUUGUUUUCAAAUAUUUCGCCAACUUAUCAUCACAAUCAUGGAAUCCACACAGGAUUUGGUAUUGCAGUAUCAUUUCAAUCCCGGGAAAGGGCCUGUGAAAGAUCCACGCUUGAUCCGAACAAUCAUACUCUUAAGGGUAGCACUAGACAAAUCACGAGCCAAAGAAGCUGAAGCCGAGAAGCGAUUGAAACAACAAUGGGAUGUUCCCUCCACGACUUUAUCAGCCCCCGGGUGGCUAUGA